UGCGGCCUCCGCCAUCUCGUCUGCCUAUUCCUCCGUUCAUCUUCGCCUCCAUCCGCUGAUCCCGCCGCCACCUGGUUGCUUCACGGUGGUACUCGCAGGUGGCCAACUGCUGCUUGUAUUGACUAGUCGAGGAGAAAAUCCCGGAUCUGGUCGCAAGCUGACGAGAAAGACGUCGUUUUUGAGAGGGUGUGACCGAAAGGGUUUUCGGAAAUCGUUGUGUGUAUACGUAGCCGCCAGAGCUUCACCAGUGUACACUGACGCUCUCUCAAGAUGCGAGCCGCCGCAGUAGCUAGUCCGUGGCCAUCCUAUGCUGGCUCUCUGUACCAUUUUCCGCCUCGCUACUACAAAGUCCCUUCCUCUCGAACCCAUGUUUGUAUUAGCUCAGCUUCUUCCCAGGCUCAACAUGGUGGCAAGACUUGGGAUUGCCCCUCUCCUGUUUGGCCAAGGGUUGUUUCUGGGAAGACCAGAAAGGACAGAAAGAACAAUCAAAUUUUGGCUUCCGUUACAGAUAUUUCUCUUGAACAGUCCAUAGAGAGUGCUUCUCUUCCAAAAGGUGACAUUUGGUCUGUUCAUAAAUUUGGCGGAACAUGUAUGGGCACCUCUAAGAGAAUUCAGAAUGUUGCUGACAUAGUCCUCAGUGAUUCUUCAGAAAGAAAAUUAGUAAUUGUUUCUGCGAUGUCAACAGUGACUAAUAUGAUGUAUGAACUGGUAAACAAAGCUUCAUCACGGGAUGACUCCUAUAUAUCUGCAAUUGAUAAUGUUUAUGAAAAGCACAUUGCAACAGCAAAGGAUCUUCUUGAUGGAGAGGACCUUGCAAUAUUCUUAUCUCAACUGCAUGAAGAUAUUACUAACCUAAAGGCAAUGCUUCGUGCCAUUUAUAUAGCUGGCCAUGCCACGGAAUCUUUUUCAGAUUUUGUUGUUGGUCAUGGAGAGUUAUGGUCAGCUCAAAUGCUAUCUUACACGAUAAAGAAGUAUGGAAAACCUUGCUGUUGGAUGGACACAAGAGAUGUCCUUGUUGUGACUCCUACUAGCUCCAAUCAAGUUGAUCCUGAUUAUGCUGAAUCGGAGAGGAGACUUGAGGAGUGGUUCACUCAUCAGCGUGCUGAUAUAAUAAUUGCAACUGGGUUUAUAGCUAGUACACCACAGAAUAUUCCCACUACGUUGAAAAGAGAUGGAAGUGACUUCUCAGCUGCCAUACUAGGAGCUCUUGUUAGGGCUCGGCAAGUCACAAUCUGGACAGAUGUUGAUGGAGUAUUUAGUGCUGAUCCUAGAAAAGUUAGCGAAGCUGUGAUACUGAGGACAUUAUCUUAUCAAGAGGCUUGGGAAAUGUCAUACUUCGGGGCAAAUGUUCUACAUCCACGCACUAUCAUUCCAGUGAUGAAACAUAGCAUACCUAUAUUGAUCAGAAAUAUUUUUAAUCUAUCUGCUCCUGGGACGAGAAUUUGUCAGGUGCCUGUCAAUGAAAAUGGUGACAAAAAAAGCUUGGAGACUGUUGUCAAAGCAUUUGCUACUAUAGACAACCUAGCACUUGUUAAUGUCGAAGGAACUGGAAUGGCCGGUGUUCCUGGUACAGCUAGUGCAAUCUUUAGUACUGUGAAGGAUGUUGGAGCUAAUGUUAUCAUGAUCUCUCAGGCUAGCAGUGAGCACUCUGUUUGCUUUGCUGUCCCAGAAAAAGAAGUAAAAGCAGUUUCUGCUGCCUUACACACUAGAUUCCGCCAAGCUUUAGAGGCAGGAAGGCUUUCUAAGGUUGAAGUCAUUCCCAAAUGUAGCAUUUUGGCUGCUGUUGGCCAAAAAAUGGCUAGCACUCCAGGAGUCAGUGCUACUCUUUUUGAUGCAUUAGCGAAGGCUAGCAUAAAUGUGCGAGCAAUUGCUCAAGGUUGCAGUGAAUACAACAUAACUGUGGUGCUGAAACAAGAAGAUUGCGUUCGAGCUCUGCGAGCUGCUCACUCACGAUUCUACCUUUCAAAAACAACGUUAGCUGUUGGGAUCAUUGGGCCAGGUUUAAUUGGGGGAACACUGCUUGAUCAGCUUAGGGAUCAGACAGCAACUCUCAAGGAAAAAUUUAACAUUGAUCUGCGUGUGAUGGGAAUCACUGGCUCAAGCAAAAUGGUUUUGAGUGAUACAGGAAUCGACUUGAGUAUUUGGCGAGAAGUACAAAAGGAAAAAGCUGAAGUAGCUGACUUGGACAAAUUUGCGAAGCAUGUGUAUGAAAAUCACUUUUUCCCAAAUACAGUUUUGGUAGACUGUACGGCAGAUACAAAUGUUGCAAACCACUACUAUGAUUGGUUGCGUAAAGGCAUCCAUGUCAUUACUCCUAACAAAAAGGCAAACUCAGGACCACUUGAUCGGUAUCUAAAAAUAAGGACACUACAGCGUCUAUCCUACACUCAUUACUUCUAUGAAGCAACAGUAGGUGCUGGACUCCCAAUCAUCAGCACUUUGCGGGGACUACUUGAAACUGGUGAUAAAAUUUUGUAUAUUGAGGGCAUAUUCAGUGGUACUUUGAGUUAUAUUUUUAAUAACUUUGAAGGAUCUCGGGCUUUUAGUGAAGUUGUAUCCGAAGCGAAGGAAGCUGGAUUUACUGAACCUGAUCCAAGAGAUGAUCUAUCUGGAACAGAUGUCGCAAGAAAGGUGAUAAUCCUUGCAAGGGAAUCAGGUUUAAAGCUUGAGCUUUCUGACAUUCCUGUCCGGAGUCUAGUUCCAGAACCUCUAAGAGCUUGUUCUUCGUCAGAGGAGUUCAUGCAGCAACUCUCCAACUUCGAUACAGAAUUUUCAAAGGAAAGAGAAGAUGCUGAAGCUGCAGGCGAGGUGUUGCGCUAUGUUGGUGUUGUUGAUGUUGUUAACGAGAAAGGUUUUGUAGAGUUGAGAAGAUACAAGAGAGAGCACCCAUUUGCACAGCUUUCUGGAUCCGAUAAUAUUAUAGCUUUUACCACCACAAGGUACAGCAACCAGACACUGAUUGUCCGGGGCCCUGGUGCUGGUGCUGAAGUCACUGCAGGAGGUGUCUUCAGUGAUAUCCUCAGAUUAGCUUCGUAUCUUGGUGCUCCAUCUUAAACAGUUAGAACCUACUGCGACUUAGAGUAAUAUGAAUCAUAAAACAUCAAACAUUUACUUUAUUUUGUUGUUUUUUUUAUUGCGUUUUGGAACUUUCCUUCUGUAAUGGAAAUAAAAUGUAUGAGCCGCUUGUGUUUCUUUUCAUCA